ACAGUCGGUUUCAUUUUUUUUCUUUUUUUAUUUCUUAUCCUUAUCGAAAUCAUCGAAUCCUGUUGUUGUUGACAUAGAUUUUUAAUUUAAAUAUAAAAUUGAUAUUAAUGCAUUGAUGAUAUUUCAAAUAGUAAUUAAAGAACGUUAAAGAUGCUUGUGAGACAGUUCACCCGUUCAUUAUGGAACACAUUAAAAGUUGAGAAGAGGUUCCUAGCUUCGGAACCAAUAAACCCGAAGCAAGAAGUUGAUGACGGUGUUGAACCAGUGCAGGCGGAUGCACUGGACAAGGAUAUUUGUCUACUGGUGGAUGACAAGGAUAAUUUUAUAGGAACUGCUACUAAGCGAGACUGUCACAAAGUUGGUCCAGAUGGCAGUGUACUACUGCAUAGAGCAUUUAGCGUGUUUUUAUUCAACAAAAGAGGUGAUAUGUUCAUGCAAAGGAGGUCCAGCCAGAAAGUAACAUAUCCUGAUUAUUAUACAAAUGCAUGCUGUAGUCAUCCCCUUUAUAUUGACAACAAGCCAGAAGAUGUGAUCACAGCUGCAAGGCGUAGAAUGAACCAUGAAUUGGGGAUACCUCUAGAUCAGAUGGAUCCAGAACUGUUCACGUUUCUGACUCGCGUACACUACCAUGACCCCGGUGACGGCAUGUGGGGCGAACACGAGAUCGAUCAUAUCCUGUUUUUCCAAGGUGAUGUAAAGGUCAAGCCCAACUCCGAUGAAAUCUCCGAAUACUCCUUUGUGCCUAAGAAUGAAUUUAAUGCAUACCUCCCUACUCUAGAAGGCCCAAUAACACCAUGGUUUAAUAUGAUUCGCCGCCACAGACUCAAGUUAUGGUGGGACAACCUUCAUCGUCUCAAGGAACUGGCUGAACCAGAUAAGAUUCAAAAGUUCUUAAACGAAAAAUGAUUAUUACUUCAGUAAUAUAACGAAAUAUAAAAUAUUACUAAUUAAUUUAUUGUCAUUAUUUAAUAAAUAAUAUUGAUUUCAAUA